ACGUGGUUGGAGGUUUCCCGAAGCGCCGCCACCGCCGCGCAACGCAGCUCGGUGCUGUCCGAUCGCUGGUGUGCUCUCUGGUCCCGCCGCCGUCCAGCCGCCAUGAUCAGCGCCAGCCGAGCCGCGGCAGCCCGUCUCGUCGGCACAGCAGCCUCCCGGGGCCCCGCGGCCGUUCGUCACCAGGAUAGUUGGAAUGGCCUUAGUCAUGAGGCUUUUAGAAUUGUCUCAAGGCGGGACUAUGCGUCAGAAGCAAUCAAGGGAGCUGUUGUUGGUAUUGAUUUGGGUACUACCAACUCCUGUGUAGCAGUUAUGGAAGGUAAACAAGCAAAGGUGCUAGAGAAUGCGGAAGGUGCUAGAACAACCCCAUCAGUCGUGGCCUUUACAGCAGAUGGUGAACGACUUGUUGGCAUGCCAGCCAAACGACAGGCAGUCACCAACCCAAACAACACUUUUUAUGCAACCAAACGUCUCAUUGGUCGGCGAUAUGAUGAUGCUGAAGUUCAGAAAGACAUUAAAAAUGUUCCUUUUAAAAUUGUUCGUGCCUCCAAUGGUGAUGCCUGGGUUGAAGCUCAUGGAAAACUCUAUUCUCCAAGUCAGAUUGGAGCUUUUGUCUUGAUGAAGAUGAAAGAGACUGCAGAGAACUACUUGGGGCAUGCAGCAAAAAAUGCUGUGAUCACUGUUCCAGCUUAUUUCAAUGAUUCUCAAAGGCAGGCCACAAAGGAUGCAGGACAGAUAUCUGGACUAAAUGUGCUUCGAGUGAUUAAUGAACCUACAGCUGCUGCUCUGGCCUAUGGUCUGGACAAAUCAGAAGACAAAGUCAUUGCUGUUUAUGAUUUAGGUGGGGGAACUUUUGAUAUUUCUGUCCUGGAAAUCCAGAAGGGGGUAUUUGAAGUGAAGUCCACCAAUGGAGACACUUUCUUAGGCGGUGAAGACUUUGACCAGGCCUUGCUGCAACAUAUUGUGAAGGAGUUCAAAAGAGAGACAGGAGUUGAUUUGACCAAAGACAACAUGGCACUUCAGAGGGUUCGGGAAGCCGCUGAGAAGGCUAAGUGUGAGCUGUCUUCCUCUGUGCAGACUGAUAUCAACUUGCCGUAUCUUACUAUGGAUGCUUCUGGACCCAAACAUUUGAACAUGAAGCUGACCCGAGCUCAGUUUGAGGGAAUUGUCACUGAUCUAAUCAGGAGGACCAUUGCACCUUGCCAGAAAGCCAUGCAAGAUGCAGAAGUCAGCAAGAGUGAUAUCGGAGAAGUGAUUCUAGUUGGUGGCAUGACUAGAAUGCCUAAGGUUCAGCAGACUGUGCAGGAUCUAUUUGGUCGAGCCCCAAGUAAAGCCGUCAAUCCUGAUGAGGCUGUGGCCAUUGGAGCUGCUAUCCAGGGAGGUGUGUUGGCUGGUGAUGUUACAGAUGUGCUGCUUCUGGAUGUCACUCCCCUGUCACUAGGCAUUGAGACUCUGGGAGGUGUCUUUACUAAACUUAUUAACAGGAACACCACAAUUCCAACCAAGAAGAGUCAGGUGUUCUCCACAGCUGCUGAUGGACAGACACAAGUGGAGAUUAAAGUGUGUCAGGGUGAGAGAGAAAUGGCUGGAGACAACAAACUUCUUGGACAAUUCACUUUGGUUGGAAUUCCUCCAGCCCCUCGAGGAGUCCCUCAGAUUGAAGUUACAUUUGACAUUGAUGCCAAUGGGAUCGUGCAUGUUUCUGCCAAAGAUAAGGGCACCGGGCGUGAACAACAGAUUGUGAUCCAGUCUUCUGGUGGUUUAAGCAAAGAUGAUAUUGAAAAUAUGGUUAAAAAUGCAGAGAAGUAUGCUGAAGAAGAUCGGCGAAAGAAGGAACGAGUUGAAGCAGUUAAUAUGGCUGAAGGAAUCAUUCAUGACACAGAGACAAAGAUGGAAGAGUUUAAGGACCAGUUGCCUGCUGAUGAGUGCAACAAGCUAAAAGAAGAGAUUUCCAAAAUGAGGGAACUCCUUGCACGAAAAGAUAGUGAAACAGGAGAAAACAUAAGGCAGGCUGCAUCUUCUCUUCAACAAGCGUCACUGAAGCUCUUUGAAAUGGCAUACAAAAAGAUGGCAUCUGAGCGAGAAGGCUCUGGAAGUUCUGGCAGUGGGGAACAAAAGGAAGAUCAAAAAGAAGAGAAGCAGUAAUUGCUGUGAACUUCGGAGCUGAAAGGACAGCUCCAAAUUAUGACGCUUGGGAGUGGAGACUUACUGAGCAGAGCUGAGCAAACAUCAAUUCUUUACUGUAUUUUUGCAGUAUUCUACCAAUAAUUCAAUUUAGUGACCAUUAGUUAAUGACCAUCUUAAUGAUUGAUCAUUUCAGCAGUACGAAGUUCACGGUGUUUUGUCCUAACUUAUCAUUUUCCAGUUAUAUGCAAAAAGGGAAGAUGAAUUAUUGAUCAUUAUAAAGACUUAACAUUGUUUUGUGCUGAAGUAGCUAUAUUUUCAAGGGGUGAAACCUGCACAGCAGUGUAGGUAGGUAGCCAAAAUCCUGGAAUUGCCGGCAAGCAUGUCUUUCUAGUUGAGUAUGUAUACCAUGCCAGCCUGUAUAUACAUGAGAUUAUUAAUCUGAGGCCUUGCAGGCAAGCCAGUAUGCCAUGUUCGGAGUAGAGAAGGAGCUAGAUCAGUGAAAAGCAAAACUAUUUAUGUUAAGUACAGCUUCUCAAAAAAGGUAACGGAGCUCAACUUUUCUAGCUACCUUCACACCUAUUUGACAACUGUAUCCUUGAUGAUUCUUUCUGAUCCAUUCUGGAUUUUUUUUAAAUAAACAUUAAAAGAACUAUAA